CCAAGAUGCCUCCGAAGCGAGGAUGGAUAGAUAAGAAGACCGCGACAACAUACCAGCUUUUUCACAGAUCCCAGAAUGAUCCUUUGAUCCACGACCCUGAGGCGGAUGACCGUGUUCUCCACCAGGUCUCCGGACCAUCCCACCCACCCAACGGUCCAAGAGCUACAAGACAUUUAGGGGAUUUGGAGAGGGAGUUUGCCCAGUCUGGAGCCCGUAAAAACGAAGGAGAGGCGGCGAACUACGGUAUCUUCUACGAUGAUUCCGAGUAUGAUUACAUGCAGCACCUUCGGGAAUUGGGCAAGGGAGGUGGGGAGGCACAUUUUAUCGAAGCUUCAGUUAGGAAGGGCAAAGGCAAAACGAAGAAGCUGGAAGAUGCACUAGCAGAGAGUGGCCUUGAAGGCGAUUUCGAUGGACUUUCUCUGAGGGACGCCUCUUCGACCUAUGGUGGAGAUGACAUGCUGUCAACGGCUCCAUCGUACGUUAGAAAACCCACCUAUCAGGAUCAACAAGAUGUUCCCGAUGCGAUAGCCGGAUUUCAACCAGAUAUGGAUCCAAGGUUAAGAGAGGUUCUAGAGGCUCUUGACGAUGAGGCGUUUGUAGACGAGGAAGGUGAAGAGGAUGUAUUUGAUGCCCUUGUGGAAGGUGGAAUCGAUGCAGAGGUCGACCCGGACGAGUGGAGGGAUACGUAUAUUGAAGAUGAUGAUGAAGGAUGGGACUCAGAUGCUACAGAAAAGGCACCGGUCCAACCGAUGUCAUCCUCGACAUCACACAAGAAGGACGACUCGAAAGCAUAUACCACUUCUCAAACGGAGUCUGAGCUCCCUUCGCACGACGCACCUAUUCCGGACGCCACGAAUGAUGAUGGAGAUUGGCUUAAGAAUUUCGCGAAAUACAAAAAGGAUAUGAAAUCCAGACCUUCGCCAACUGAUGCUUCAGAAAAUGCUUCCGAGCUUCGUACCACAGCCUCGACUUUGUUCACAGUUGGCGGAACGCCCAUUCGGAAAAAGAAGCGCAAAGGCGCACUUACUAACCCAUCCGCAUACUCCAUGACUUCAUCCUCUCUUGCCCGUACUGAAGGUCUUCGGCUCCUGGACGAUCGCUUCGAGAGGGUGGAGGCUUUAUAUGCGUUGAAUGAAGGCGAGGAAUAUGAAGGCUCGAGUAUGGCGGAUGACGUGUCUAUCAUGAGUGGUAUGUCCAAGUAUUCGCAGACACCGAGCAUGGUUUCGCAGAGCGGCAAUGUUCCAAUGAGGGAAGAUUUCGAUUCAGUGAUGGACGAGUUCCUGGGCGGGUGGCAGGAUCGCGGAAAGCAAGCGAAAAGAAAAGGGGCAAAGGGAAAGAGAGGAAAGAAUGGCAAUGAAGUCGCGGGCAUGAGAAUGUUAGAUGAAAUUCGGCAAGGACUUGGACCUGCGAAGGUUUCAGGGAGGGUUUGA